AUGCUCGGGUGGAUGUUGAAGCGUGGCGAGAACGCGCCACACGCGGAUGACGGAGAUCAGCCGGACACACCGGCACCCGUAUUUGCUGCCAGGGCCUUCAAGAGCGCGCUGUUUGGCACGCCGUCAAAACGAAAUGAAGAGCGACGGGGAUUUCGAAGUGCGGCAUCGAGAAAGCCCACAGCACGGUCGUCCGGGACGCCAUCAAAGCCGCAAGGUAUACUUCUCACUCCAGGAACCGCGACAUCCAAGAGGAAGCGUGUUUCCUUUGGCCAUGACGUGCCAGGUGGCUCCACGACAAACCUCACAAAAAUCACUGAACAAGACGAACCAACCGAGGCACGCCAACCAACAGCUCCAACCCACGCCCCGACCAAAACCGCAGAAUCACAAUCACGAGUUGCACAGCCCGAACCCAACGUGUCAGACGAUGAGUGGGAAGAAGAGGAUGAAUGCGGCUCCCAUGACGUUACGCUGGACCUUAAUGAACCGCACUCGCAAUCUGGUCGGUACUGGAAAGAGGAAUUUCUCAAGUACCACCAAGAGGCGAAAGCUGAAAUGGAGAAAUUGCUCAAGUAUAAGCAACUGGCAAAGUCUUACGCACAGCAAAAGGACGCCGAGGCGAUUGAACUUGCCGAACGAUUGCGAGACGAACAACAGCGCGUCAUCAGAAUGGAAAAGAGGAUUGCAGAAAAUGCAUCUCAAAUUGCCGCCAACCGAAUGGAGCAAUCAGAGGAGGUCCAAACGGAAAUGCUGGCAAAACUCACCAAACAAUCAUCACUAGCUGCACAGUACCGUCAUCGGGUCCAGGAACUCGAGGCUCAGAUGGAAGAAUUGCUCACACAACGAGAAAAUGGAGCCGGAAUUGAGACGCCCCGCCGCCGAUAUACCUCCAAUUCUUCUAUAGCAGCUACACAAAAAGCGCUCACGGAAACUCGGCGAGAAUUGAGACGAGCACGGUCCCAGCUGAAAGAACUGGACACAUUGCGAGAUGAAGUAUUUACACUCAAAACCCAGUUGAAGAAGGCAGAAUUGAAACUAGUCGUCAUCGAAAAGGAGGAAGCACGUACCAGCAAUGGGCCGCGAGCCCAGGAACUUCGGACUUUGCUCAAGGCAGCCAAGGAUGACUCUCGACGGAAAGAUGAAGAGAUACGACAGCUCAAGAGUGAGUUCGAGGCAUUUAGAAAAGAAAACGAAGUUCACGAAGCCGAUACCAAGGCGGUCCUGGAACGGGCUCACAACAAGAUUGCCAACCUCAAAAAGGAGGUGAAGGCUCUCAAGUCUGCAGCUCCAGCACAACCACAAGCCAGACCGCACAGUUGGCAUCCACAGAGCAUUGGCGAAGAAAGAAUGAAGGAAUCAAAGUCAGACGAACCUAUUCAAGCCAAGGUAGAAACGGCCGAAAGACGAAGCUUAGACGAGUCCCUAGACAUGACGAAGAAACGAUCUCAACCACGCACAUUGCGCGAAAAAUUUGUGGAUGAUGCUACUUUGGCUCCGAAGUCAGAAUCGCCCAAGGUAGCAGAACGAGGGAGUCUCGGCAAAUCUAAGUGGCAGCCAUUUGUUCCUCGAUCUCCCAGACACCGCGUCUACACUGCAGAAGAUGCAGUUAAUCGUCACACUAUGUUGAACAAGUCCAAGGAGAUUAUAGCACCAGAGUUGCCUCCUUUGGCCAACGCUGCGAAUCAUGAACAGAGUGGAUGGGCAUCCACCGCAGACCCUCAGGUUGAUCUCCUGUCUAACCGAUUUGCCAGACUAGGAGGCCCGGGACCAAAUGCCCAGAUAAACAGCUCUCUUGUGGGCAAUACAUCAAAGAGCACACUGCCGCCGGAAAGACGAGCAGCCGCUCUCGAGAGAAUUGAAAAGAGAAUGGCUGAGAAGAAGAGGCUCCGGAACCGAAGUGGCGCCCACAACAAGGAGAAUGUGCGGCCUUAG